AUGUCGACAGCAUCAUUUCGCAGUCUAGUUGGGGCCGACUUAUUCCUGUCCCAGUCACCUACCCAGAGAGCCCUUUGCUCGAGCUGCGCCGGGGCACCCUUGGUUGAGAGGUUUGUGGCCACCGCGCUUGCCGACCUGCUGGACGCUCCGACCGAGGCCAUAAACCAGGAUGUGCGACUGUCGCCUUGGAAAGAGAAGACCCUCGACAAUCGUGUUUGUGCCGAGACUCUCCAAGCACUCCAGUGCCGGCUGGUUGUCAAGCUGUGUCAGGGCAUGAACUCCAAAGGUGUCGAAAAGGAGUCAUUGAUGACACCAGCAUAG